CAUCCACCAUAUUGUUUUAAAUGCAAACCUGUAAACAUAAAAGGCUUGUCUGAAGAAAACUCUAAAAAGUUAGUACUAUGAAGACAAUUCAAGUCAAAAGGGUAUAUAAGAAAUGAAGCAUUGCAAAGUUAAGCAGUGCAGAUGGAUAAAAAGAAACACGACGGCAAAUGAUUGAAAAGAAAAUGUCCUUCUCCAGGUGAAAGAAGAUGGCUGAUACACAAUGUGAUAAAGGGGCUUGGAUGGAAAACAGUGGAAUCUCAAAGUCAGCAGGGAGAACAUCUGUGUUUGGCGAAGAAACCACCAGAUCUUCACAUGAAGGUGAUCAGCAGAUGUUGGUGGUUAAGGAAGAGGUUCCUGAUCUGUGGAGCUCUAGUUUGGACCAGCAGAAUCCAACGCUGUUCCGGGUGAAGAAUGAAGACUGGACAAAGUUCACUGAUCUGGAUGGAGAGCUGCUUAUUGAGCAGGAAGAGCCCGGCAACACCGGUUUUCCAUUCACUGUCGUUAAGGUGAAGAUUGAAGACGACAAUGAGAACCUUCUCUCAUCAGAGUGUCAACACAUCAAAUCGGAAGACAACAGGAAGGCAGCAUCUCCAACCAGCUGCUCACCUGAGCAGAUGGGAACAGAAGCUGGCAGAGAGGACCACGGAGUACCAGAACCAGACAGAAAUACCCAUUUAAAUCCAAACACCGACGAAAAUGCUUCCACCUCUUCUGAGACUGAAGCCAGUGGUGAGAAUGAUGAUGACGAAUGUGAUGAUAAUCUGUCAGGUUCUGGAUCUGAACAGGAAGACGGCGACAAAGACUGGGAGGAGACCAGGACGCGUCAGGCAGGAGGAAAGACCUCCAGCUGCUCGGAUGAUGCAAACUUUUCCAAAACAGAGCAAAAUUCAGAUUCUCAAAAAGUCCGCAAUGAGAAUAAAGUAUUUGUGUGUGACGAUUGUGGUAAGCCAUUUUACUAUCUGUACCACCUCAAGCGCCACAUGGCCCACCACAAAGGAGAGAAACCAUUUCAGUGUGACGAAUGUGGUAAAAAGUUCACUUUGAGGGGAAAUCUGAACCAACACAUGACGAUUCAUAAAGGAGAAAAACCUUUUGCCUGCAACUUCUGCGACAGACGCUUCAGACUGAGCAGCCUUCUUCAGUCGCACGUAGUAACACAUUUAGGGUUGAAAGCCUUUACCUGCCAGCAUUGUGGAGAAAGAUUCACCCGAGAGGGAGCUUUGAAGAGACAUGUUGUACGGCACACCGGCGUGAAACCGUUUGCUUGCACUAUAUGCGAUAAACGAUUCUACAGAAAGCCCGAUUUGAAGUGUCACAUGCCGGUUCACUCGAGAGAACAGAGAGCUAGCUCUGCACCGAGGAACUUUGCUUGUGACGAAUGUGGCAAAAGAUUUAUCCACAAGUGCCAUGUAACAAGACACAUGAUCACCCACACUAGAGAAAAAAACUUCAGCUGUGAUGUUUGCGGUUUGAUGUUUAAGUGGCAGAGCGCUUUAAAGAGACACGAAAAGAAAUUUCACAACCAGUAGAAACUGCUCAGAUGCCUUUCCUCGUUAAUAUAUUAGGACGAGCUUAAUUGUGGGAACCUUUUCGCUGAGUAAUAAGAUUAUUGCUGAUUUACCUCCAUUGUAUGCCCUUAGGUUCUGCACAAGUCUGGUAAUAUACUGUAUACUUCACUCAUUUAAUACUUUUCCAAGUUCAAAUAUGAAAAGAAUGAAAAGAAUUAUGGGAAAUUGAGUAUAAUUAUUAACUAGAUCUUAGGCUUAAUUAUACAAAGGAUAAAAUCUGAAUUUUUAAAGAAUCAAUGGCUUCUUGCAUUAUAUGUCUUGAAGAUCCUUUGUAUAGAAACAUCUCAAUUUAAAUUGUAAACAAAGAUAUUGAUUGAUUUGCGUGUGAAUGAUGUUAUUCAUUUAUUUGACCAGUUUUUACCCAAAAUAAUGUUUUGCCAUUCUUGAUUUAGUUGUUCUCAUAAGACUUUAGGAUUAAAGCACAUUGUUAAAAAAAACAAAAAAA